UACGUACAAGCUACAACUCAAUCAAAGAACAGCAACAUUCUAUUUAUGGUAAUACUGUUGUGAAUGCCUGAAUGCUCCUUUAAGUCACAAUUUUGGUUCAAUACAUUCAUAUCCAUCCCAUAUAAAAUGGAAGACUUAAGAUCCACCUUUUUAUCUAGUGGUCACGGCCUCACGGGGUAUAAACUGUAAAGGAACACUACAAAAUACAAAUACCAUUAUUGCGUUAAAGCAUCUUUGGAGUUGGUGGGGUCUUCCAUUUCACACAGAGACACUAAAAUUCUAUGGCUUCUUGGAAUUCAGUUCCUCUCCACGUUUCCUAUGAAGUUCUUGGCUGGUUUGCUUUUGCUUGUUGGUCAAUCAGCUUCUAUCCACAAGUCAUUCUGAAUUUCAGAAGGAAGAGUGUGGUGGGGUUGAACUUUGAUUUUGUAGUGCUGAAUCUGACAAAGCACACAGCCUAUCUUAUAUACAAUGCUUCUCUGUACUUUAGUUCUGCUAUUCAGAAACAGUACAAAGACAAAUAUGGUCAAAAAGAGAUGAUACCAGUGGCGGCAAAUGAUGUUGCUUUUUCAGCUCAUGCUGUUCUGCUGACUGCAAUUUCCUUGUUUCAGAUUGCAAUCUAUGAACGCGGAGGACAAAGAAUCUCUAAAAUCGCCCUUGGAAUCCUUCUUGUUGCUUGGUCAAUUGCAGCAGUGUGUUUCUUUGUAUCUUUGCACAAUCAUCAUUGGCUUUGGCUACUCUCUAUUUUCAGUGGAAUCCAAGUAUGCAUGACUAUUAUAAAAUAUAUUCCUCAGGCAGUGAUGAACUUUAGAAGAAAAAGUACAGAGGGUUGGAGCAUUGGUAACAUUCUACUAGACUUGUCUGGAGGCAUAGCAAACUAUUUACAAAUGGUUAUGCAAUCUGUUGAUCAAGGCUCUUGGGUCAACUUUUAUGGAAACAUAGGGAAACUACUAUUAUCCCUGGUGUCUGUAUUCUUUGACAUCCUCUUCAUAUGCCAACAUUACCUGCUAUAUCCUUCAAAAAGACGCAGAUCAGAGACAAAUAUUGAACAUGAUAAUGUUAAGCCUUCUGAUCGCCAAUCGUCGGAGAAUGUUUGAAAUGUAACUUGAUGAAUAUCUUCUCUUGGAAUGAGCUCAAUCUAAAUUUGUAGUUAAUCAUUUUCCAAGAUAAAUAUACAGUUUAGACCACAAGCUUAAAGCCUUUAAACUCCUUAACUAUGGCUAGCCAAUUUAUCGGUAUCUGCAUACCAAAUUCUCUCUACAGAUUUUUUAUGAUCUAAUCACAAAAAAUAGCAAAUUAUAAAC